AUGGCGAAUGUUCUCUUGGCCGGCCUCGCUGAAAGACGAACCAUUCGAAGAGAGCGUGUUUUUCGUGAUCGUACUCACCCUCUGGAUGUUUUAAAUGGCGGCGAUGUCGUCGCUCGGUAUAGAGUUGACAGGCGGGCAUUUUUGCAAGUUGUGGACUUCUUAACACCGGCUUUGGAGAGACCUACUAACCGGAACCAUGCAAUUCCUGUCGUCCUGCAAGUCCUCACAGCUCUGAGAUACUAUGCCUCAGGGUCUUUCCAAAGUUUAGUGAGCGAUCUUCAUGGGAUAAGUGUUCCAAGCACGUCCAGAAUAGUCAGAAGUGUCACUACCGCCAUCGUUAAUUUAAAUACAUAUCCCCUUUCAAUUUCAUCUCCCUCAAAUCCGAGGGAAAUUGCAGAGGCCCAGCAGGCCUUCUACGAGAUUGAAAUUUCCCACACGUACAAAUGUUGUGUGACGUCAUACUGUCCCAAUCUGAUAAAUAAUCUCCCGAUUAGAAUUGAUUGUGGCCCUGCAUGCUUUCCUGUUAUUUCCUGCAGAUUCACCAGUGUAGUAUCUAGGUAUCCAGGGUCAGCACAUGACAGUUUUAUAUUGAAGCAAAGCGGCAUUUGGAGGAAGUACCAGAAUGGUGAUUUUGAUGGUACCAUUAUCCUUGGGGACAGUGGUUAUCCUCUGAAGCCAUCGUUAAUGGUACCCUUCAUACAGACACAUAAUGGUGCACAGGCCAAGUACAACAAGAGCCACAAAACUACAAGGUGCACAAUUGAGAGGGCUUUUGGAGUAGCUAAGUCGAGGUUUAGGUACGAAUAACGUCUGCUUUAUCAUGAUUUUCACAGAUUAUAUAAAGCUUCUGCCCAUAACACAUUUCUUACAUAUAUAGAU